CUUAAAACCUUCGUUUUAAAUUUUUUUAUACUCAACAGUUAAGCUUUAAUUCGGUUAUAUGGAAUAGUUUAGUAUAUUAUUCUUAAAAAUAUCAAAACAGUAUAUUUUGAAAUUCAACGGCCGGUCACGUUGCUUAUGUCACAUACAAUGUCCCAACCACUGAAGCACCAGGUGUUGAGUGUGUUCAAGAAAUUGCACCGUACACGACAAUAUGUGUUUCAUGGUGAUAACCGAGCCUUAUUGGAGGGCAGGCAUAAAAUAAACGACUCAUUUCGACAGAACCGAAGCGAGUCCAAUGUGGAGGAAAUUCAAAAGAUGAUCAAGUUAGCCAUCGACGUAGACCAUGAGCUACGCACUAAUAUAAUACAGGCAGAAAAGCGGAAGGAUGAUGUUUACGAACUUCGAAUCACGCCAGAGACAACACGCCUAGACAAUGUGGUAUUCAAUCCCGAUGCUGUUAUUGAACCACCACGAAGGCGAAAAGGUGAUAGGACCUCCAAUUGUUGUGGCGGAGCUGCAAUGGCUGCAUUAGAGGCCGAAAAGAAGUAAUUGUACUAGAUGUGGAACCAAAUUGUAUAUUGUUAAUAAUAAACUAUCCAACUAUUA